AUGCUGUCGGGUCGAUUUUCCAGAAUGCGUCACGCCGUGAUGUCAUCCCCAUCCUGUGCUUUGUCACGGGUUCCUACCACCUCUUUGGAUUUCGUUUCUGAAACCGUCAACGACGUUGAACUCGCCGAGGUGAUGACCGAUCACGCACGUCCCGCUCCUGAAACGCGCGCAAGCACGAUUUCAACCAAAGGAUCCGAGCACCGUGAGCACCCGUCCACUGGUUCGGGCGCUGCCAGGGCCAGCAGGAACUGGCACAUGGCUCGCCGAUGUGUUGCGUUCGCGAUGGUAUUCAUGGUGGGCAUCCACAUUUCGGCGACUGGGCUCAUGUGGGUGUUUCCGGCUCGAAAGCAGUGGUGCCCCGAGCUCCUGAGAGUUUGGCGCCUGAUCGCUGACCCCCGCCUCCGCGCGCGAUCCUGGCUCCGCUUUGGCGGAAGGACACUCUUACCCGCAGUAUCUCGCUCAUGCAAACCCAUUACAAUCUUUCGUACUCCCAAAUCUCGACGGUCUAUCCUCCGAUGAUUGCAGCGUAAGCACUUGCACAAGUUUUGCACCAAGCCGUGCCUACAUUUUUCGUCGAGUUGCGCGCUCAUGGAUGGUGACCACUGCACCCUUCGUACGUUCCUUCAGUCACGCCAUCGCCUGUGGAGGCUCCUCCUACCUCUUGAACGGUAUUGGUAUGCGAUGGGCGCUGACGUUUGUUGGAAUCAACAAUGAUCCCGAAAAUGAUCAACAAAAGAAGAAGAAAGGCUGGACCAGGAGUCGAACCUGGGUCGUUUCCAUUAAUCGGAAAAGCUUUGACCUCUAAGCUAUCCGGCCCCUGAUAUCAGUGCAAGGUCUACUAACACCUUCAAUACUUUCCCUUAGACCUUUGCACUGCUGCCAGGCUAUUGCAAUGCGUCGACUCUAAGUCCCAAUUGGACUCUGUGUCAAGCUUCUGCGGCAGCUCCGGCAGCUAUGUGCGGCGUCAUUCGGAAAGAUUUACAAGAAAGGUUCUAUAAUAGAUCCUCACACUUCCCUUUAGAACCUGCUUUGGCAUCUUGCUCUACAGCAUGGUUCGGAGACAGCCGCCCCCUUUCUCUUGUUAACCGACAGACGCUACCAUGUUGGAAUCAACAAAUGAUUCCGAAAAUGGUCAACAAAAGAAGAAGAACGGCUGGACCAGGAGUCGAACCUGGGUCACUUCCAUUAAUCGGAAAAGCUUUGACCUCUAAGCUAUCCGGCCCCUGA